ACAGCAAACCCUGGCAGCUGAGUUUGUUUACAUCACAGGAGGGCUUGAAUCAUAAGACUGCCUUUACUUAAUAGUCAUUUACUGUUGUGAGGAGGGACCUUAGAACUGAGAGUAGAGGGUGCCCAGCCAUGCCGCGCCUCACAGGAUUACUGUGGUGUGUGGCAGAGUCAACCAAGAAGGCUUCCAAUCUCCCGGAAAGCUACAUAAAGCGGGCCAUGGAACAGGUUUCAUGGAAGACCCCAAAUGCUCGACAGUACCAAAAGGCAGAAGUCAAGAGGAAAAAGUUUAGAUUCAAUACCCACAGACCAUGGACACAACAGUUCAAACUUGCAAAUGCCCCGGGAAAGCAUUACAAGAAAGUGUUUUUGGAACCUGUGCUUGAAUGGUCCUUCUUCAAGGGUGACAAGGUAGAGAUACUGGUAGGGGAUGACAAGGGGAAGCAGGGCCUGGUAAACUACAUCGUGGAGGAGAGAAACUGGGUCAUGGUGGAGGGCCUCAACUGCAAUUACCGCACCAUUGGGAAGAAAGAUGAUUACCCAGGUAUGAUGAUAAAGACUGAGGCACCCCUCCUAGUGACAGGUCAGGUAGCUCUUGUGGAUCCAUCAGACAACAAGCCAACUGAGGUUGAGUGGCGCUUCACAGAGGAAGGUGAGAAGGUGAGAGUAUCAACACGUACUGGCAGGAUAAUCCCCAUUCCAAAGUUGGCUGAGGAAACCCCAGACUACAAGACAAAGGCAACAUAUACUGAGCAAGAGAAGGACACAACAGCAGAGGAGGUCACCAGCAUAACUUUUCAACCAACCCUGAGGACCUUUGAGAUGGACAUUGCUGAGAAGAUGGGCAUUAAGGAAGAUCGAAUCCCUCACAAGACCUACUGGUACUGAGGCCAAUAGCAUCCUGUGUGAAGUGGUCUUGAUCCUUUGUAUGCACAAUACUCAUUCAUCUGCAUGUAUGCCAUAAUGUAUCAUUUUAAACUUCUCGCUAUCAAAUAUUAUAAAGUAAACACUAUUAUGUCAGCUUUAUCAGAAUCCUUGUUGGUAAUUAUUGUUGUAUGAUAUUUGUAUGAAGAACACUGAAGGAAAUAAUUAUUCCUUACCAUAUAUGAAAGAAACUAUGACCUUCCUCCUGUAAGGUUCAAAGAGAAUAGGAAAUGUAUGUGUGAUUUGUCAUCCAUACAAAGUCACAUACUUCACAGCAAGCUUCUAUUUAUCCAUCCAAGGUCUCUCUAACACGUAGUUGUAUUUCAUCCAUUGUAUUGGAUUGAAAAAAGCUUGUAAACAGAAAGAAAAAGACAUAUGUCCUCAUCAGAAAAACACACUGCAAUACAUGCAGUUUAAAAAAAUGGGUAUCAUGUAAAUGCAAUUCCUUCUUUUUGCCAAUAGGAUGAAAAUUUCCUGCUGUUAGUGCUGUAAAAUGUAAAUAUAUUUGUAUAGAAAUUUUAAAGACCUAGUGGUAUUAAAUCCUAAUUGUUCC